GUUUCACGUUCCAUGAUUUGUUUUGAUCACCUCUGCAGCUGUGCAGUUUAUUGAAAUUACGCACAGCAAAUGAAAGUUAUGGGUUGGAUCAAAUUCAAAUCAUGUAAGCGUAUAAAAGAACGAGUCCUGUAACUCUUACUACAUAGCACGAGCGUGCGAUGGUCGCACCCACAGAGAAUAUAGGCAUUCAGACGUCGAAGUAUUGCAAUGUGGCCGGUCUAGGAGUAUUGAUUUUUGACUAUUUCUUAACGCUCGAACUUGAGAUUCGAUGGACAUGGAACAGGCGCUGGAACAUAACUCGUAUUCUUUUUGUAAUUUCACGCUACAUGGCCUUUGCAGCAGCUGGCAUGACUUCAUAUGGGAUCCUUGCUACACGAGCGAACGAGAAUUGCUUGUACUUCAGCAGGACUUCAAAUGCAAUUCACAUCAUAACUAUUGUAUCAUCUGAAGGUCUUUUGAUCAUUCGUACAUAUGCGUUCUGGAGAAAGAACAACAAGCUCUUGGCAGUGUUACUAGUCUUGGCAGCAAUUUGCAUUGGGUGUGGUGUCGGUCUCACAGAUUUUGUCGGUGAUCUACUAGCGGUGCCCGCAAACCCUUCAGCUCCCCCCACAAGCAACUGCACUUUUGAAGCGAGUAGCAGCAGUGCCAUUCAAUAUGGCUUUCUCGUGGCCUACGAAAUAUUGCUAUUUUCCUUAAUGGUGUUCAAGAGAUAUAGGGACUACAGAGACUGUAACAGUCGACUGGUGAGAGUAGUCUUCCAGGGUGGAGUGUGGUAUAUGGCUCCCAUGAUCUUCGUUUCUGCGGUCAAUACGGUGAUCACGGUUGUGGUGCCAGUAAGUUGCAUAUUGUAUGCGCUCAUUUGACGAUUUUUGCUAAUUUUGGGCAGAAAUCAUACAACGAGAUGCUGGACUUGUGCGUGGCAAUUCAUUCAGGAUGGUUCAAUGAAAAAAAACUGAUGCAUCAUAACAGACCACAACUUGUCCUCCACAGUGUGUUGGCAUCCCGUGUACUCUUUAGUCUGCAU